CGAGACGAACUACGUCGCAGCAGGCUGCGACCGACCAGUCAGCGAGCAUUCCCUUAUCUACCAAUGGAAUGCAACAGCUGCAGCAGCCUGUGAGCGUGUGUGUUUUUGUGCAACCGUGUUUGUUAAAGGGGGAGGGGGCGUUCGCGGUGGGCCUGCAGGAACCCCCCUGAAAGACCCCCGACUCUCAACCCCCCACGUUUUCGCUCAGCCGGGCUCCUGAAGAGCAGCUCAACCAAACAUAAGUGUGAGAGACUCGUCAGGGCAACACACUCCAGACACAUAGUGAGCGAGGGAGAGCGAUAGGAGAGCAGAAAGUAAGGGAAGUGGAGCAGGGAGCCUUGAAGGGAGGUUGAGGAGGUGAGCGAAGGGUGAAAAGGAAGAGAGGCGAGGGAAAGACAAAAGAGAGUGGGAGAGAAACGGUGAGGAGAGCGAGAGCGGAGGCAGACGUGAGGCAAAUGGCUUCGGAGGAGACCGCUGGAGGAGCUCGUAAAGCCACCAAGAGCAAACUAUUUGAGUUCCUCGUUCAUGGAGUGCGGCCUGGCAUGCCAUCAGGGGCACGGAUGCCUCACCAGGGGGCACCAAUGGGGCCUCCAGGACCACCAUAUGGAGGAAGCCCGGCAGUAAGGCCUGGACUCAACAAUCAGGCCAUGGAACCCAGUCGUAAACGACCCGCUCCUUCACAGCAGCAGAUUCACCAACAGCAAGCCGUACAGAAUCGAAACAGGAAGAAGCCUGUGGGAUUUUCUGGACCAAAUGAGAUGCCAGUGAGGCAGAUGGACAUGAGAGAGACCCAAUCAGAUCCCACACUUGGAUUAAAUGCCAAGAGGAGGAAGAUGGCUGAUAAGAUCCUUCCACAAAGGAUUCGUGAGCUCGUCCCAGAGUCCCAAGCUUAUAUGGACCUGUUGGCAUUCGAGCGUAAAUUAGACCAGACCAUCAUGCGCAAACGGGUGGACAUCCAAGAAGCACUUAAGAGACCCAUGAAGCAAAAGCGAAAACUGCGUAUCUACAUCUCCAACACCUACAACCCUGCAAAGCCUGAUGCUGAGGACUCUGAAGGCAGCAUUGCAUCCUGGGAGCUACGAGUGGAGGGAAAAUUGCUGGAAGAUCCAGGAAAGUUGAAAAGGAAGUUUUCCUCAUUCUUCAAGAGUCUGGUGAUCGAGCUGGACAAAGAUCUUUACGGACCUGAUAAUCAUUUGGUUGAGUGGCAUCGAACCCAGAACACCCAGGAGACAGACGGUUUUCAGGUGAAGAGACCUGGUGAUGUUAGUGUGCGCUGCACUCUGCUGUUAAUGCUGGAUUACCAGCCGCCUCAGUUUAAACUGGAUCCGAGACUGGCUCGUCUUCUGGGUAUUCACACACAGACUCGCUCCAGUAUUAUACAAGCGCUCUGGCAGUAUGUCAAAACCAACAAAUUGCAGGACUCCCAUGACAAGGAGUACAUCAACUGUGAUAAGUACUUCCAGCAGAUCUUUGACAGUCCGCGUCUGAAGUUCUCUGAAAUUCCUCAGCGUCUCACUAAUCUGCUGCUGCCCCCCGACCCUAUUGUCAUCAACCACAUCAUAAGCGUUGACCCUAAUGAUCAAAAGAAAACUGCGUGCUAUGACAUUGAUGUAGAGGUGGAAGAUCCCCUUAAAGCUCAGAUGAGCAGCUUUCUGCUCUCCACAGCCAAUCAGCAAGAGAUUGCCUCACUGGAUAACAAGAUCCAUGAGACUAUUGAGUCUAUAAAUCAGCUGAAGAUCCAGAGAGAUUUCAUGCUCAGCUUCUCCAGAGAUCCCAAAGGCUACAUCCAGGACUGGCUCAAAUCCCAGAGCAGAGAUCUUAAACUUAUGACAGAUGUUGUUGGGAACCCAGAGGAGGAGAGAAGAGCAGAGUUUUAUCAUGAGCCAUGGUCUCAGGAGGCUGUCAGUCGAUACUUCUAUUGCAAGAUUCAGCAGAAGAGACAGGAGCUGGAGCAGGUUUUGGCUAUGAGGACCACCUAAAUCCAACAUCACUCACAUUCAGACAACAAGGCUCGAUGGUGACAACAUUUGCUCUCUGCACUGUUUCUGCAGUAUAUGAGAAUUUGUGUACGUGUUCAGUCAUUGUCAUCACAAGACCUACGAUUUACCAUAUUGGACCAAUUCAGUCACCAUAACAGCCCUUAAAUCUCCACUGUAUGCACGUUUCAGCCAAACGUGGUAAUGUGUCUUCCAUUCUGGGUGAAUUCAUUUCAACUUGAAGACUUGGUUUCAGGCUCACAGACUGUGAAACCCACCUGUGUUGGAGCAUGAAUUGGAUUCAGCUUUCCUUAUCUAUCAUCAAAUCUUGGAAUUCCGACAUUUUGCUUGUUCGUGUGACUUUUGGAUCUAGAAUGAUUAUUUUAAAAUGUCUGCCCUUUUUUGUCAGAAGUGUAUUUAUGAAGUAUUUUGAGGAAGGCAGCUUUUAAAGGAGCAUAUUUCAGUAUUACCUUAACCAACUAGGGUAUGUUACACUCUCUCUCUCACCCUACCACACUUAUUGAGCUGCUCUAUUUAAGUAAACUUUGUACAGAAACAUUGAAGGAGGUUGUUUUAAUUAGGUUGAUAAACGCUAUUUUAGAUGUCUAGAAGAAUCUGAUAGGUCACUGCUUUUGAAAGCCUUCAUUGUAUAUGAAGAAAUGAUAUGAAGAGUGGCCCAACAUGCAAACUAAUAAUUAAUCAUAAAAACAAUUGGACAGGUGGAUUUACUGUCAGUUAAAGUUGAUUAUUCUCUGUCAAAUCACUUUUUCAAUGUUUCAUCGUUUUACCAAAAUCUUUUCAUGCACAUUUUAGAAAAUUUUCUUUGAAACCAAUAUUAUUUUGUUUUAAUAGUGCUGUUGAAAAUAACAUUCUGUGGGCAUUUCUUUCACUUUAUUUGACGUUUUACCAAAGGUCAAAAUGACUGAAAAAACGUGUUCAGACUUUGAAUAGAUGAAGGACUUUUGCUUGACGACUCUUAGAGUCUUUGCACUAAAUCAUGGAUGAUAAAUGAGUGCUUCAAAAGCUUUCCAUGCUAAUUAUUUGUUACUUUAAACAAAAUCAAAUGAAGGAUAAAUAAGGGGGAAACAUGUUAAAUGCACAUUUGUUUGGCAUUAUUAAUUUGAUCAUUGCUGUAUAGUUUUGGAUUCUCACUGCCUCUGAGUGUUGAUCUAGAACUGAUGGAUUUUUAGUGUCAAGUGGGAGAUGGCUUGUAUAGGUCAAUUAUUGAGUGUUCUUGCUGUUGCCUGAGUGUGACCUCACAUGUUUCCUCAUAGAGAGAAAUGCUGAUGGGUGUCCUCUGUGAUGCUCUCAGAGUAUUUUUUACACCUAUGCAUGCUGCAUGGACACAUUUUUAUACUUUCAUACGAGGACAUGAGAGGCCUUCUGAUAGCCUUGGAACUGGAUCAGAAGAGCACUGAUCUUUAGUUUGUGACGCUCUACAUUAUAACCUAACAUGUACAGCAGAGGCCAUUUGAGGUCAUAUGUUGUUUUUCAAUUGUUUGUUUUGUUUGUCUUUUUGAAAGAUUGUGUAAUUGAAUAAGUGAAGAGAAGCACACCAAGGAUUUUUGCUUCUUUUCAACAAGAGCACCUCCCUAUGACUCUUGUGGGUACUACAUGUACAGUGUCCGCCAUUUUGAAGAUUAUGAGUUGUAACAUAAUGUAACAUUUAAUAUGACACCUGCCCUUGAUUUUGUAGCAACUGAAGAUUUUCCUUUUUGUGUGAAGCAUACUCUCUUACUUUACAAGCAACCAAUUUUGCUGUCCCUGACUUUGGUUCAGACAUGGCUUUGCUGUUAACCCCCCUUUUAAAGAACUGUCCAUAAAUUCUGUGGCCAGUCACUCAAACUUCGAGGCAGAGUAAAUGGGAUAACACUGCCCUCUAGUCCUUGUUAAAGGGAAAAAUCUUCCCCAGACAGUGAGGGAGAACUAUUCUCUGCACAGUAUUGGAAUCUCUGUUGAUGCUGUUGUAUUUAUAAACGAAAUUCAUCAAGGCUUUAAACUUAUUUGAAAAUUAUGUUAUAGCCAUUUUAUUUGGUUAUAGUGUUUGUCUCACGUGUGUGUUUAUAGAAAACUACUGCCAGCAGACAUUUAAACACGUAGGUUUUAACGAUACACUUUGUCAUUUUGUUUUUCUCUCACAAUAUUUGUACUGCAAGUUUGUGGUCUCACCUGGUUCUACUUUCACUAGAGAUUAUUAUGAAAAUGUAGUACCUGUGUUAGACAUUGAGGAUGUAAAUAAACAAGCGGUUGCCAAAGUUUGUGAAUGGAACACACUGUAAAUGUGUGUGUGUGUAUGUGAAAACAAAAAAAAUGUACACAUGGUUUGAUAACAAGAUUGUGGAAUAAAACACUCAUCUCUGCUUUUGAACUCA